GCCAAUCGGACUGGGCCGCCAGCGCUCCGGCUUCCCUGCCCGGGAGUGGUAUGGCUGCCCCCAGGUCCGGGGCCCCAGGCAUGCAGUUUACGCUGUGCGACGGCUGGGGCUGGUUCUCGGUACCUUCGGCGCCCCCCAGACUCUUCAGGUCCCAGGUCCUAUUCUCCGGUUAGGUGGCAGGGCCUGGGCUCUGAGAACAUGGACCCUUCUUUGGAUACAUGGGACUUCUCUUCACCUUUGGUAUCAUUGUGGAUAAACAGAUUUUACAUAUAUUUGGGCUUUGCUUUUGGCAUUAGCCUUUGGAUUUGUGUCCAGGUUGUCCUUAAGAAGCAAGACAAGAACUCACAGGAGAAAUCUGUUCCAAAAGCCACGUGGGAUCUGAUGACAAAUGGUUCUGUCUCCCAUCAGAAGAGGGAAGUCUUUGUGUCUGGAGUGAAGAUUUUCUACGGUUCCCAGACUGGAACAGCAGAGAGAUUUGCAGCGGUUCUUGCUGAAGCAGUUACCUCCCUCGGUCUGCCUGCAACGAUUAUUAAUUUGAAAGACUGUGAACCAGAUGACCACCUAGUGGAAGAGGUUACUAAUAGAAAUGUCUGUGCCUUCCUGGUUGCUACGUACACUGACGGUCAGCCAACUGAGAGUGCUGGGUGGUUCUGCAAAUGGCUGGAGGAAGCAGCCAAUGAUUUUCGAUUUGGCAGAACUUACCUGAAGGGUAUGAGAUACGCGGUGUUUGGCCUGGGAAAUUCGGCCUACACGAGCCACUUUAACAAGGUUGGCAAAAAUGUGGAUAAGUGGCUUUGGCUGCUUGGUGCCCGUCGUGUGCUGACUCGCGGGGAGGGAGACUGUGACGUGGUUAAGAGCAAACACGGCAGCAUUGAAGCCGACUUCAGCGCUUGGAAGACCAAGCUCAUCUCCCGGCUGCAGGAGCUUCGUCGAGGAGAGAAAAAACCCAGUGGCAGCAACUGCAAGAAGGGGAAAUGCGAAUCCGGUCAGCAUGGCUCCGAGAGCCGGGAGCAGGGGUCUCGCUCUGCGGAGGAGUCGCCCCACAGAGACGCUGAGGAGGAGGAGCCCUGGGAGAGCAGCAGCGAGGAGGAGUGUGGCGCCGAGGACCCACGGGGUCUGAACUCUGUCGUUGACGUUGAGGAUCUUGGCGGCGUUGUGGGUCGUGUGAAGAAAGAAGAGAAAGAAAAGGAGCAACAGGAAGAGAAAAGUAGCUUGUUCAGGAGCACAGGGAAGAAUGAAGACAGUGAGAGAAGAGCCAUGAUAACGCCUGCUCUCCGAGAAGCCCUCACCAAACAAGGAUAUCAGUUGAUUGGGAGCCACUCUGGGGUGAAGCUUUGCCGGUGGACAAAGUCAAUGCUCCGAGGGAGAGGAGGUUGCUAUAAACAUACGUUUUAUGGCAUUGAAAGCCACCGCUGCGUGGAGACCACCCCCAGCUUGGCAUGCGCAAAUAAAUGUGUCUUCUGUUGGCGGCACCACACCAAUCCGGUGGGCACCGAAUGGCGGUGGAAGAUGGACCAACCUGAAAUGAUCUUAAAAGAAGCCAUUGCAAACCAUCAGAACAUGAUUAAGCAGUUUAAAGGAGUACCAGGUGUCAGAGCCGAACGCUUUGAGGAAGGCAUGAAGGUCAAACACUGUGCUUUGUCUCUUGUGGGAGAACCAAUCAUGUACCCAGAAAUCAACAGGUUUUUGGAGCUCCUCCACCAAUGUAAAAUCUCCAGCUUCCUGGUCACAAAUGCGCAGUUCCCGGAGGAAAUCAGGAACCUCAAACCAGUUACCCAACUCUAUGUCAGUGUGGAUGCUAGUACCAAAGACAGCCUGAAGAAAAUCGACCGCCCACUCUUCAAGGAUUUCUGGCAGAGAUUCCUCAACAGUUUAAAAGCUUUGGCUGAAAAGCAACAACGCACGGUUUAUAGAUUGACGCUCGUCAAAGCGUGGAAUGUGGAUGAGCUCCAGGCCUACGCUGAGCUGGUGUCCCUUGGGAGUCCCGACUUCAUCGAAGUAAAGGGUGUUACCUACUGUGGAGAAAGUUCUGCAAGCAGUCUGACCAUGGCCAACGUGCCCUGGCACGAGGAAGUGGUGCGCUUUGUCCGCGAGUUGGUGGAUCUCAUCCCUGACUAUGACAUCGCGUGUGAACAUGAACACUCCAAUUGCCUCCUGAUAGCGCACAAAAAGUUUAAGAUUGAUAGAGAAUGGUGGACGUGGAUUGAUUAUAAUCGCUUUCAGGAGCUCAUCCAAGAAUAUGAAAAUAGCGACGGAUCAAAAACUUUCAGCGCGAAGGAUUAUAUGGCCAAGACUCCUCGGUGGGCGUUAUUUGGUGCCCAUGAAAGAGGCUUUGAUCCCAAGGACACAAGAUAUCAGAGAAAGAACAGAUCAAAGGAUAUUUCUGGGUGUUGAGAUUAGCUGACUUCAGGAUGCUGAAGGACAAAAGCUGAAUGCCUCAGAAGUUCUUGGACUCCUUUGUGACUUUUCCAAGGACAAAUGUUACUAAUCCUGUUUCAUACAGACCAGACUCUCAGGUAAAACAUGAGGACACAAGUCCUGGCCUGGAGUGGGAAACAGCGUUUCUCUUUUAGCAUCUGGGAUUCAGUCUCAGGAUUUCUUUCCAGAACUCACUCCCUUUCCUGAUUGUAUUUCUGGGAGGAAAAUCUUUUUCUUUUCUUUUUUUGGGGGGGAGGGUAUGCAGUCAUUCUUAGAACUUAACUAAUAGUUUUGGAUUACAAGUGGUAAGACUUCCUAGAAUGCUGUUCAUGAGAGUCACACAGGAAUGACUAUCCGGCCUCUUCUCUUAGGGACCAGUAGCCUUUUGAGGAGCAGUGAGUUGUACUUCCCUGAGGUCAAUGUAUCUGCUUCCUUUAAGGUGAGAACUUGAUCCCUUUCUUAAAUAUCUCAACAUCUCUUGAGCACAAUUUAGGUUGUCAUAAUUGUCAAUUACUUCAAAAUACUUAAUCAACUUGUGUAAAUUUUUGCUUAGUACUGACCCAUUAGGAAAUUGAAUUGAAUCUUAGCUUCACUAGAUCUCUUUCUGUUCCCAUCCUAAUUACCAUGGGAGGUAACGUAUGGGUUGGAUUAGAGUAAAAUCUUUCUUCUAUAGGAGGAAUUGCCAUAUGAUGGCAUUGAGAACUUAGUCUCACCAACAGACUUUGAAACAAUGAAUGUAAUUUUCUUCUUGUGAAAAAGUCAGCAUUCAAGCCUCUUGUCCCUACACACACAGCAGGUCUCCGUCUUCCUUCACUCUCGCAGCUCUGCUGCUUUACCCAGUCUGUUCUUUGAGGUUCAGGUCUUUUCUAAGUGAAACAUUAAAUGCUCAGUAGUUUUUUUCUUUGAAAGUUGUCAUAGAUAUUUUAAAAUUCCUUUAUCCUAAAAAUUGAACUAAUAAAAUCUUUUUUAAAGACUUGGAGCACUGAUUUUCUUUUGGUUGUUAAUUUUAAAGAUGCUUCUAGUCCUGUGGUCCUCAGCACUGUGAGCUCUACCUCCUCCUUCUAUGCCAGCUGUUUUGUAACUUCCUCUAUUCCAUGCUGAAAUAAAAUCUCCAUAACCCAGUAAAAAUAAUCCAGUGCCGUCAAGUCGAUUCAAAACAUCUCCAUGGAUAAUGUGAUCUACCCACCCUCUUUGUUAAACACUGGGCGCCAUACUUAUUUAUAAACGGUAAAGUCAGAACAUUUAUAUCUGUUGUGACGUGGAAUGGGAUAGUGACAAAGUAUCACAAAAAUCACAUUUUCAUUUCUUGAAUCUGUCACAUCUUCAAGAUUGCCUUCAGCCUCUACUACUUAAAAGUCCUUGGAGAUUAUGUCAUUGAAUAAGCACCAAGGAAUAGAAGGCAGAAAAAGAAACGGCAAUUCAAGAGUCUAUCAAAAAGUAAUUUACCUUAUAGGAAAUCAUUUAAAUGGGUUAAACAGUCCAGCAAAAAGAAAGAGAAGGCUGAAUGAAUUCAAAACAAAGAGAAAAAACAAAACAAAAGAAAACCAUGACUCAACUAUAUACUGUCUUCAAGAACAUUGUUUAAAGACACAGAUAGAAAAUAAAAGGAUGAAUAAAGAUAUAUUAUGGAAGAAGUAAGGGAGAAAGAUGUGGCAGUCUGCAUCCAUAAAGACUUAAACAGCCUUGGAAACCCCACAGGGCAGCUUUACUCUGUCCUAUAGGUUUGCUAUGAAUCAGAAUCCACUUGAUGGCAGUGGGUUUGGUUUGGUUUUGGUUGUGGAAGGAGUAACCAAAAAAGAACUGGAGCAGUUAUACUAACAUCAAACAAAAUAGAUGCUAAGACAAAAAUUGUCACUAGAGAAAAACACAGACAUGUUAUAAUGAUAAGAGGGUAUACCUAACAUCUCUAUAGAAUACUCCAGUAAGAAAAUGGAAGAUCUGAGCAACACUAUAAACCAGCUAUACCUAACAUCUCUAUAGAAUACUCCACCCAAGAACAGCAGGAUACACAAUCUCAUUCUCCAGAAAAGAUCUUCUGUUAUGCCAUAAAGCAAGUCUCAAUAAGUUUAAAAGGAUUGGAAUAAUAUAGAAUAUGUACUGUGACCACAAUGGAAUGAAAUUAGAAAUCAACAACAGAAGAACAUUUGGAAAAUUCACAAAAGGUGGAAAUUAAACAAAUCACAAGGGAAAUUAGAAAAUUCUUUGAUGUAAAUGAAAUCAGAACAUAGUAAAGCUUAUGGAAUGCUGCUAAUGCAGGGCCUAGAGGGAAAUUUAUAGCCACACUAGAGAAGAAGUACCUCAGAAUCAAUAAAUUAAUCUUCCACCUUAAGAAACUGGAAAAAGAGAACAAAAUAAACCAAAGCGAACAGAAGGAAUGAAGUAAUACAGACCAGCGUGGAAACAGAGGAAAGAAAAACAAUAGAGAAAAUAGUGAACCAAAAGUUGAUUCUUUGAAAAGAUCAGCAAGAUUGGCAAACUUUUCCACCAAGAAGAAAUGUCUCAGAGAAAUCCAGAAGGAUACAGGGGCAUGACUACCGGUGUUGCAGAAACAAAUCUGGUGAUGAGGGAUUGCCGUGAACAAAUGUCUGCUAACUGAUGAAAAAGAAGAAUCCCUAGAAAGACACAAACUACCAAAACGGACUCAAGAAGAAAUAGUAUCUAUUUUAAACAUUGAAUCUGUCAUUUAAAAAUCACACAAAAAACAUCCAAAGCCCAGAUUUAUUGGCAAAUUCUACCCUUGAAUGAAGAAAUAAUGCUGAUUUUACUCAGUCUCUACCAGAAAAUUAAAUAGGAGGGAACGUGCAUCAGCUGAUGAAUGGUUGAACAAAAUGGGAUGGGUCAUUCAGUGAAGUAUUCACACCAACCCAGAAGGAAGCACUGCCACCUCCUAUAAUAGGGAUGAACCUUGAAAACAUUAUGCAAGGUGAAAGCAGCCAGUCACAAAAGACCACGUGUUGCAUCUUCAUUUCUGGGAAAUGUCCUUAUUUGGCAAAUUCAUAGAGACAGAAUGUAGAUUAGUGGUUGUCUGGGGCCGGGCGGGCGGAAUGGGGAGGUGCUAAUGGAUAAGGAGUUUCUUCUUGGAGUGUUGAAAUGUAAAGUUCGAUUGUAGCGAUGAUUGUACACCUCUGAAUACACCAAAAACCACUGAAUUGUACACUUGAAGUGGGUAAAUUAUCUGGUGUGUGAAAUAUAUCUUAAUAAAGCUGUUAAAACAAAAAUAGCACAGAAGCAAACCUGAAUGUUUAUAAAAAUACAGGAUAAAGAAUCGUAAAUCAAUG